AUGGGAAAGACCGUCAUUGUCACCGGAGCCAAUGGCAUGAUCGGAAAUGCCGUAGCGAGAGCAUUUGUUCGCGCAGGAUGGACUGCCUUUGGACUCGUCCGCAAGGAAUCAGCCGUCGAGGCUCUUGCAGCUGAUGAGAUUCGCCCGCUCCUUGGAUCACCCUCGGAUCUAUGUUUCUUGGAAAAAUUGCACGCUACAACCAAGACGCUCGAUGUCAUCGUCUCGGUGACCGAGGACCUCAACAACUAUCUUCCUCACUUUGAAGAUACUAUGAAUCUCAUCCGAACCCUCUCAGUGACUAGUAACCAAGAGGGAACGCGCCCUCUAGUGCUUUUCACCUCCGGAUGCAAAGAUUAUGGAAUGUCUUCUUCUCUCCAUGGUUCUCCUGGCCUGGAGCCCCAUACCGAGGAAUCCCCGAUUAAGGCCCCAGAGAUGCUGAGACCGCGAGCUGAAAACGCCCCCAAAGUCUUCGAAUAUCCCGAACUAUUUGAUGGAGCUGUCCUUCGCCCGACUACUAUCUAUGGCCUUAGUGGCAGUUAUUACGGUAUCCUUUUUGAUUUCGCAGAAGAGGCCGCGAAAGGCGGCAUUCUUAUCUUUUCCGCACCCCCUACUUCCAUCCUGCACGGUUGCCACGUCGAUGACUGUGCUGAGGCCUACGUGGCGCUUGCCGAGCACGAGGACCGACAGGCGGUUGCAGGCCAGUGCUUCAACAUUUCGGGACGCCAGUACGAGACACUAGAGCAUGUGGCGAAUUCUCUCGUCAAGGAGUACGACAUUUCCGGAGGCGUCAAGUUUGUAGAAUCGACGCCAAAUGAUGCAGCUGAACUUGACAACUUGGUGAUCAAGUUCCCGCAGUGGGUUAGCUCAGAUAAAAUCCGGAAGCUCACUGGAUGGGAGGACAAACGACCAUUGUUCACCGAGGGCGUUCAUGUCUACCGAGCCUCAUUUGAGGCACUGGCCGCUAGAGGAGAUCAGAAUGUUGCUAGAACGAGAGGAAUGGUGCAGAUGCUCCGAACCCAGAAGGGUCCCAGUUCCAGGAGUGCUUAG